CCGUCGCCAUGGACAUGGCCAUUGCGGUGUUACAAUCUCGCCUAGGUCAGGGCAGUUUCGCUCGCUAAAGUUAAUUACUAUACGAAAUAUCACACAGUCUUCAUUCUCACUGCAACCAAGUAACAUCGUUGAUUAUUGAAAAUGGAACGUUUCUUUGCAUUUUUGUUUUUUCUGCCGUUCAGUCCGGUUCUUUUAUUGGUGGUUUUAAUGUUACGAGUUUAUCGAAAAAUACUUUCAUGUGUCCUCCGAAUGAAGCAUGGAGACUGUUUUGUAGGGAUGCUGGAUGGUCGAGAUGCAAUGUGGGGACUAGAGGAGCAUAAAAAUUGUGGAGUGGUGAACAUUGUGGCUUUUGUCGAAGAUAGUGUAGUAAAUGGCGAGAAUGAUCUGCCUGGGAAUCUUCGUCGCGUCUUUAUACAACGAUUUGAUAAGCUGAUUGCCGAUAAGAGAGAUCAGUACAGAAAAGGACUGUUGAGAAGAAAUCGUGCCUUUGGCUACUUCUACUGGACGGACGAUCUUAACAUUCAGCCAAGUGAUGUUAUACGAUUGAUAGAACCGGAUACUAACGGUGCAUAUUUAAGUGAAUUAGAACUACGGGAGCUUGCAAGUCGCAUCACCACCUCCAUGCUGCCGUACAACCAUGAAGCAUUGUGGGAAAUAUUAGUUUUAACUACACCCAUUCUGGAGGACCACGGAAAUGUACAAAAGUAUCCAAUAUUUUUAAGAUUUCACCAUUCAAUGGGUGACGGAGUAGCAAUUCUUCGGUUCGUGAUGGAGGAGGUCAUGAAUCCAACAGAAAAGUGGAAGUUUUCACCGAAUCUGAAUGCUAAAUCAGUGCCCCAUCAAACCAACAAUCUCUCCAUCUGGUUGAAGGCGCUUUACGAAUUCCCAGCACAUAUUAUUCGCAUUUUACUAAUAAGGUCCGACAAGAAUUCGCUAGACACGAACGAAAUAACCCCCCACAAAAUGGUGUGCUGGAAAAACGAGAGCUCAGUUCAUACGAAAUUACCCUGGUUACCGUUACUCGAGAAAAUUCAGGCAAGACAAUCUGGAGUGGCUUACAGUAGUGUGUUUCUCACAGCGUUAUCUGGAACGUUGCACAACUACUUCAACGCACGGGGAGAACAUCCCGGUGCUCUGACAAUCGCCUUACCGAUCCGAAUGAAAUAUGAAGAAAUGGAACUGAAAUUGGAAAACGCCUUCGCAACGCCCAUGGAACGCAUUCCAAUCCGACCGGGUGUGCAACUAGAUGAUCCAUGUCGACAACAGAAGUUGAUUAGCAAACUGGCUGCCAUGAAACAAACCACCAAGAUCCUACGAUCAACAACGAACCUUCUGAUCACCCACCUGAUGACGAUCAGCUUGGCGGCGGCUUUUCCAAUGCCCAUCCUCCACUACUUGUCCAAAUUGUUCCACAUCACGGCUUCCGUAUCUGCCAUGCCGAUGCUGAAGAAGAACCUCCAAGUGGGACCGUACGAGCUGAAGAAUAUGAUAUUCUGGCCACCGGCUUUUGGCACCGUGGGACUGAACUUCUCCGUAUUUAUCUACGACAAUCAACUACAGCUGGCACUGCUGGCUGAUCGCUCCGUGCUGAAAUCGGUCGAGGAAGGGAUGGACCUGUUGGAGGAGAUAAUGCGUGAAAUCGAGCGGAUGGAUAUGGUUUUGGGCGAGUAAAGAGUGUUAACAGUACUAGAUCCUUUGAAAUGUAGUCCUCAGCUACAACCAUUAAGCGUAAAGGUUUGGGGAACACAAAACGUUCUUGCAAGAUGAUAAAGGGCAAUUUUUGAAUGAUUCCAUGUCAUAUCUUAUUAUUAGCUUAAGCAGAAUAUUAUGCCAAUUUUUGGCGUAAGAAGAUUAAAUACAUGUUGAUAAAUCCA